UUAGCGUUAACGUUAAACUUAACAUGGCUUCUCUGUCUGAAGUUGGUGUACUAAGGUGUUAGAAAAUGAAAUGACCCAAUAUUCUUGUGUAUUCAAGAUUUAGGGAUUUAGUAAUGUAAAGUGAAAUAUCGAAGAGUGUUAUGCAGUGUAUGUUAAAUCUUAAAUAUGUCUACGAGAUCUCAGCUGACGAAGGAUUUGAAUGAGAGUGUAAAAGCCUUACUUGGAAAACGUGUGAAAAUACUUCUGAAAAAUGUUGUACGCCUGGAAACUAAAGGAGAUAAAACCGAAAACAGAGUAUUGGUCUUUUCACCAUGCCGCCUCUUCUUACUCACUGCAAAGGUACCAACAAGGAUUGAUUACCACUUCCACUACUUGGAAAUUCAAGCGAUUGAAAGUAAAAGAAACAAUCAGCUGACUUUAACUGUAGGAGACAAAAUAUGGUCGUUCCUCACCAACGAGGACACUGGCAGUUCGGAAGUGGACGAUAUGGUGCAAGCCCUGGCUAUUGCGAUACGCAACAUCUUCCCCACAGUACCUCUCACACACAUCAUCCGCAAGGUGGAAGUUGUACCGGCUAAGCGCAUCGCAAACCUGCGAGAGUCUGAGUUCACGAGAGCGUCGGAGGUGAGAGGGCUCGGCCCUUGUAACGGCUUCUCUACCCAGUACGCCUGCAUGUGUGACUACCACACCAUGCCUUACAGGGAGGAGGUUGCCUGGGAUGUUGACACCAUAUACUUAUCUCACGACACCAGAGAGCUGAGUUUGAGGGAUUUUGAUCACUUAGAUCCCAAAGACUUGGUGCCCAUCAUCAGCGCCCUCGAGUACAACACAUGGUUCACCAAGCUGAGAGCGAGCAACACCAAGUUGACGCAUGACGCUCUGGAGAGGAUCAUUCACAUUAUGAAGAAGAACCUGACCAUCGAACAGUUAUACUUGGACAACUUGGGAGUCAAGUGGGAGUUCGCUCACAAGCUGUCUCUCUCUUUGAUCUCAAAUAACAACACUCCUCUGCAUACUCUGGACCUGUCCAACAACAUGAUCGAAGAUAAAGGUGCCAAUAGUUUGUGUGGAAUCGUGGCCAAACUCUGCCAAGGUGCUAGUCAUCUGAGCACUCCGUUGACCAAGGGUUCCAAGGGGUUAGUCCACCUGAACGUGUCACACUGCGGUCUGACGAGCAAGGGAGUAAACCAGUUGGCGCACGCUUUGUCACUCAACAAGUUGAUGCCCAACACUCUCACCUACCUCAACCUCAGCGGCAACAACCUCAAGGAGGAUGUCAAUAAUCUGUGCAACUUCUUGGCCCAACCCAAUCAAAUCACACAUCUCGAUAUCUCGGGAACUGACUGCACCUUAGAAACGAUAUUCGGAGCCCUGCUGAGAGGGUGUGCCACCAAUCUAGUCCAUCUGAACGUCUCCAAAAAUGCGUUUAGCACCAAGAAAGCCAAAGAGGUUCCUCCGUCUUUCAAACAGUUCUUCACCAGCACACUGUCCCUCAAGUAUCUCAACAUGUCCUACUGUAAAAUGCCACUGGAAGCACUCAAGAACUUGCUGCUGGGUCUGGCGUGUAAUGAGUCGACCACGGACAUUGCGUUGGACAUGAGCUGCAACAACCUCGGAGCUCAGGGAGCUCAUGUGUUGGAGUCCUGCAUACACGGGGUCAGGUCCAUCGGCUCCCUUGAUAUCACUGAGAACAAUAUGGACGUAGACUUGGCCGCUGUAGUGGUCGCAGUCAGCAAGAACAAGUCAAUAAAACACCUUCACAUGGGGCGUAACAUGACCAACAUGAAGGCCAAGCACAUCUCCGCCAUCAUGGACGCUCUGGUCACGAUGAUACAGGAAGAAGACUGUGUACUCCAGACCUUGGCCAUUCCAGACUCCAGGCUCAAGUCUGACCUGUAUAACCUUAUCAACGCCUUGGGUAGCAACCAGUGUUUGCAGACUAUAGACUUCAGUGGUAAUCUGAUGGGAGACGCAGGAGCCAGACUGUUAGCGAAGGCUUUGCAGAUCAACUCCAAGAUCCGCAGUAUCAUGUAUGAUAGAAACAACAUUACCCUGCAGGGCUACAGUGACCUGGCCUACGCCUUGGAGAGCAACUACACUGUGAGGUAUAUGCCAAUGCCGCUGUACGACCUACUGCCUUGUAUGAAAGUCAAUGCGGAAAAGACAGAUGGUGUGAUGAAAAGGAUACAAGACGUGCUGCACAGAAAUGUGUCUCCGAAGAAGUACAGUAACGGACAAGCCUUCAGACUUCAACAGGGGUUCUUGUUGAGCUCGACACAACAGAUGGUAGACAGACUGGUGCUACAAACACAAGACACUAUCAGGACUGUGGCCCAACAGUCAACAGACAAGAACAACGACAUCAACUUGGCUACCAACCUCAUACAGGACGCGGACAACUGCAAACAGCUGCUUCCGAGACUACACGAGGUGGUUCAGAGGUGGGAGGAGGCUGGCAAUCCUAUAGACAUCAAACUGAAGCAGAUCUCUGAUGAACUACACUCAGUCAUCAUCAACUACCUGCAGGAUGGUCUAGAGUGCAUGAUGAAAUGUGCAGAGCAGCAAUGCCCUACAGUACUGAGCAGUGAGAGAGUACAGUCAGAGAUACGCAACACCUGUAGAGACAAGAACUUCCUGGACCCUACCUUUACACACAACGCCGUCACAGAGCUAGCCGGCACACACCUCAUGAACAAGAUCAAUGAGUUAAAUCUUGCGGUUGCUGCCCACGUGUCAGACAAAAUCACCGAUGAAGUGAUUGAAUCGCUGUCCAAGUGCCACAAAUCACUGCUGGGAGAUGUGACCAAGAAGAGGUCGUCGACUCCAGAUGUGUUACGCAUUUCCGACUCAUCCCGCAACGACCCAUGUGAGAGUAUCAGCAUGUCCGACGCCAGUCAACAGUCCGAUCCCUCGCCUUUGAAGCUGGAAUACCUUAAUUUGGCUACUCCCCACAUGUCCACCAAACGUAAGAGCGUAUACGGACGUAAACUGCGGCCCAAGUCUGUUGUUGACAAUAUGGAUGGUAUGUCUGCCGAUGAUAUACCGGAUCUGCUGCCCUCACUGCCCACGAGUGCGGAAGAAUCACUGGACAGUGUGUGUGAGCUAGGAACCCCUGUAGCUCCCCUCCACCACCUGGUCAAGGACCGACCUCGACGUGCCAAGACACGCGCCCCUUCUCGCCCCACACUACGUCCCCCCACACCCCUCCUAGAGGACUCAAUCGUCGACACGUUCUUCAGCCUCACCCCCACCACACCUCUCAUCUCCCCAACCUCGGAUGACAGUGUCAGCUCCAGUGUAAUGCUGGGAGAGACAGAUGUUGUUGACCACAGUCACAAGGACACUCCCAGGUCCGUUUCCAGUGACAACCUGUCUCCGGCCUUGACCAGACACUCACAUUCACACUCACCGCUCGCACACCGCUUCCACUCUGUAGACAGUAGUAAAGAAGAUGGGAGUGGAGAUGACAGUGAUGCGUCAAGGUCACGUAAGGGGAAGGACAGUGAUUGCGACUGUGUCAGCGCAGGAAAGGUGAAAUCUCUCGCAGAAUCUCUUAGAUCACCUAGCAACGGGUUUGCCAUCCCCAAGUCUCCAGUUCUGCGGCAAGUCAACGACGGUGGAGGGAAAGGAAGGUCGCCUCUGCCUCCUUUAGCACCCAAACCUCGCCCGUGGUCCGUGGCUGGCUCGGACAGGAAAUCAGGAGAUAUGUGUACUCUACUGAGUGAUGGAUCUAGUCCCAACACUUCUGCAGCUAACACACCAGACUCUGGGGACGCUCUGGACGACGGUGACACUGCCAGCAUUGGCUCCGCAAGUAGUGAUAAACGCUCAGUCCGGGAGUUGGCUGCUAGUCUCAACAAACAAUCUUCCGUGGCUGAUAAGAAGCCUGAGCAAAGUAGUCAUCCUAAACCACCACGGCCUGUCCAUCCAAAGCCUGCUCUGGACAAGGUCAUGUGGAGAAUGCAGGAUGAAGAAGCGAAACAGAAAAUGCUUGCAGCCGCAAUCGCUCAACAUUUCCACGUUGAAGACUCCGUGGACGUCUAACUUCCUGCUUCCCAAAGACUCCACUUCUGCUGUAUUUGUUAAACUCUAGUUACCGUAGGUGCAGGUGUGCAUUACGUCCGAAAAUCUCUUAAGACUUAACCCAUUUUAACAUUAUAAAUUAUGUUAUAGGCAUUGUUAGAAUUGAUUUCCUUACAUUUUUACAACUUAUGUACACCUGGCCAAAUGUGAAGCGAGAGAAUUUUUAACGCUCAAAAACCUUAUUUAGGUACGCACAUUGUACAUUUAGUGCCUCCUAAAUAUUUCUGCGUAACUUUUACGUAUGUGUGAAUGAUGUUUAAAAAUUCUUGGAUAUGUUGUUCUUUUAUUUUUAACUAAGAAGCUGUAUUUUAAUGUACUAGUGUCAUAACAAAUUGCAUUUUGUAAAAAACAUUUUUUGUACCCUUACAUUCCAACUAGCAUUUUUAAGCUUUAUUUCUAAAACGGACACAAAAUAAUUGCAAUCCUGAAAUUGUUUUUUCCAGUACGCUUACUCUUAACAUUGAUUGCAUUUAUUU